GAAAAAGAACUCAGAGAAACGGAAAUAUCAACCGAAGAAGUGCUAUGCGGAUCUGAAGGUGUCACAGUUUAGUUAUUUUAUAGAGUAUAUAAUGGAUUAUUAAUCGUCAGGAAGAAGUAGUCAUAUAACAACACCAGAGACCAAACUUCAAAUAUGACUAAUGUGUACUCCUUUGAUGGCAUCCUUGUUUUUGGGCUGCUGUUUAUCUGCACUUGUGCGUACCUGAAAAAGGUGCCUCGUCUGAACAGCUGGCUGCUGUCCGAGAAGAAAGGAGUGUGGGGCGUCUUCUACAAAGCUGCAGUAAUUGGGACAAGGCUACACAUUGCUGUAGCUCUUUGCUGCUUGGUCUUGGCCUUUUACGUUAUCUUUUUAAAGUGAUUGUCAGCCUGGAGCAUGGAGGACUGGGGAUGGACUCAUACCUGCAGUCAUACACUUCUCUUUGCGAGGAUGCUUCUCUGUGACUGAUGAGACCCCACUGGCUACAUGGACCAUUAAAAAGCCAGCGCUGCCCCCUUCAGACGACUACGUAAUCAACUCCUGCCUGAACACAAAUGUGUGCACUACAAACCGGGGGUGGGGGACAUUGGAGAAAGCCUGCUGGUUGACUUGGUGUCAUUCUGUUUUUGGGUUGUAAUAUUUUCUGUAUCUAUCCAAACCCAGUGGUUAUUUCUACUGAAGGAUGUGAAACAUUGAAGGGCAAAGCGUGCAUUAUCCAUCUUACCUGCAUACAGUUUGUCAGUCUAGUUAUAUAUAUUUGAAUAAGAUUUGCUAGAAAUUAUAUGUGAUCAACUUUAUAUGAUCAGCCCUGCUUGCUCCCAUGUUGUUUGUUUUACCACGGGUGGUGGGAGACAUAAAGCUAAUAUAUACUGAUGUCCUUGUCCACACUUUUCUUUUUAAAGUCUUGUUUCAGUUCAGUUUGUCUCUGAAAUGUCUCUGGGUUUCAGUCACAUAGACAUUUUGCACAUGUGUAAAUUGUACAUAUUUUGUCCUUAAACUUAUACUGAAUAACAUGUUUUAAUACCAGAAAAUCCAAGUUACAAAGAUGGCUCCAAAUGUGUACCUGAGUCACUAAAAAUAAUAAAAAUGAAGCUCAUAUUAAACUGGGUUUAACAUGCCUGAGGAUGUCAAAGCUAUGCCAAAUAGAGAUGGUGCUCACACCAUGUUAUUGAUUUGUUCUCAUCCUGACUUUACAUCUGACACCGUAUUUGUUCAAAAUAAAUGGUUUUAAAUGGACUGAAUGCAAUUUAGAGUAAAAUGUUCCAACACUAAA